CCGAUAAACCCACUAAAGAAAGAAAGAAAGAGCUCGCGUGUGCUGUGUUGUGGAUCCUUUAUUGAUUUAUUUCUUGCGUGUUUUAAACAGAGUCUUGUCUCUGUGUAUUUUAGUGUUGAGGUUUCGAUGAUGAUAGAUGAGAUGGAAGUGAUGUGCUGUAAAUCAGUAGGAACUGAUCUGUCCAUGCUGGAUAUUGAUGAUUUCAUCACAGAAAUCUCUCAGCUGAAGAAAGAGGUGGCGUUACUGGAGGCAAAACUGAGUUUAAGAGGAGAUGAAGGACUGAAGAGAGAAGAUGUGGAUGUGGUUUGUUGUGAACCUUUAGUGCAUGUGACUGUUGGGAGCUCCACAGAGUCUCUGGAUUCUGACUGUAACGCCGGAGAUCAGCAGCAGACCUCAGUCGAAGUGAUGGACUGCAGCGACCAGAUGUUGGAGACGGGAAGAGAAACCACAGCCGAGGAUGAGGGCAAUCAUAAUGAUGGUCAUGAUAUAAUUCCUUUAGAUGUGAAGAGUGAGUCAUGUUGUGAUGAAGAAACACCCUCGACAUCAAAAGAGCGACUGACAGCCCAAACUCAAGAGAAGAAACUUCAUUCAGAAGAGCACAUAGAGAAGAAGGAGUUUCGCUGUGAGCAGUGUGGGAUGGUUUGUGUCUCUUCUUCUACUCUAAACAUUCACAUGAAGACACACACUGCUGAAAAGUCUUUCCACUGCAGUGAAUGUGAGAAAUAUUUCAGCAGCAAGCACAGUCUUGAUCUUCAUAAGAGAAUUCACUCAGGAAAAAAACCAUACGAGUGUCCUCACUGUGAGAUCAGAUUCAGACAAAAAGGCGAUCUGAAGAGACAUGUGCGUUUACACACCAAUGAGAAACCGCAUCAGUGCAGUGAAUGUGGAAAAAAAUUAGAUUCAGGUUCGUUGAAACCACAGCAGAAUAUUCACUCUGAAGAUAAACCUUAUCAGUGUUCGGACUGUGAUAAACGUUUCCAUCGGAAAUCUUACCUGACGGUCCACGAGAGAAUUCACACUGGAGAGAAACCUUACGUCUGCCCUCACUGUGGGAAGAGCUUCUCUAAUUCAUCUUAUUUCAAAGUCCAUCAAAGAGUUCACACUGGAGAAAAGCCCUAUAAAUGUAAUGUUUGUGACAAGAGUUUUAAUCAACGUGACAAUUUAGUGUCACACCAGAGAAUUCAUACAGGUGAAAAACCUUACAAAUGCACUCAGUGCGAUAAGACGUUUACUCAGUCAAGUUCCCUUAAAGCCCAUCAGAGAAUUCACACCGGAGAGAAACCUCACGUCUGCUCUGAUUGUGGAAAGAGCUUCUCGAAUGUUUCUCAUUUCAGAGCUCAUCAGAGAGUUCAUACCGGAGAGAAACCUCAUCAAUGUAGUGUUUGUGGGAAGAGUUUCAGUCAACGGGACAAUUUAGUAAGGCACCAGAGAACUCACACAGGUGAAAAACCGUUUAAAUGCUCUCAGUGUGAUAAGACGUUUACUCAGUCAAGUUCCUUAAAAACCCAUCUGAGACUUCAUACGGGAGAGAAACCUUUCGUCUGCUCUGUUUGUGAAAAGAGCUUCUCUAAUCCAUCUCAUUACAGAGCUCAUCAGAGAGUUCAUACUGGAGAGAAACCUUACCACUGCUCCAUCUGUGAAGAGAAAUUUGCUUUAUUGGGAAGUUUUCGGAAUCAUCAGAAGAAACACGCCAAGGAACAAGCUACAGUGAAAACUGAACUUUCAUGCAAAGUGGAAUCCAAUAACACUGUGUAAUGCAGUGGAUGUAGUUGUGUGUGUUGGGCGGAACAAGCCACGAAGCAGUUUUUUAUAUAUAUAUAUAUAUAUAUAUAUAUAUAUAUAUAUAUAUAUAUUAAUGACGACUUAUGUUUUUCUUACUUACAAGUGUAUGUAAAGUAGAGGUUCAUGUAAAUGUACAGGCACAUAAUGAUCAAUUUUUUUUUUAGUUCACCCAAAAUUGAAAAUUCUGUCAUUUACUCACUCUCAUGUUGUUACAAACUUUUUUUAUUCUAAUGAUCACAAAGGAAGAUAUUUGAUACAAGCCCCAACUGACAUCCAUAGUAGGAAAAAUAAUACUAUUAAAGUCAAUGGGGCUUCUGAUCAGUUUGGUUACAAACAUUCCUCAAAUAUCUUCCUUUGUGUUCAUCAGAACCAAGAAAUUUAUACAGGUUUGUUUCAACAUGAGAGUGAGUAAAUGAUGACAACAUUUUCAUUUUCAGGUGAACUUUAACUUGAACAUGACAAAAUUUGUACAGUUUAGAUGCUUUAAAAUUAAAUGCAUUCACAACCGUUAUCUCUAUUAUUAUGUUAGACAUAUUAUUUAGUGUUUUUUCUGUUUGCUUUUGAGAACUUGUUUAUAAACAAUGUGUUGUCUGAUGACAAAAAAAAAUAAAAAAAAAUAAAGCUGCAAGCAUA